AGAGAGGACGAGGAAGGCCUCUGCUGCGGCUCCGUGCUUCUGCUGCUGGCCUGGAGGCAGAGAUUUGAUUUUCAAGUUCAGUGCUCGUGCAGAUCGAGACAUUGCGAUUUUGGUGGUGCUCGACAUUGGAGGAGGAUGGCGGCGACGGAGCCGGAUUAUCUUUUUCUCGGCGAGCCUUCAUGGGAGCCCCUUCCAGGAGGUCGCGUCCGAUGUUCCCAGACUGGCCAUGAAAUGCCUGCAGCAGCGCAGGCGACAUACUCUCUAACCAAGAAGUGUCGAGCUGCGCUUUUCGACGCUGCAUUGAAGAAGAGAACUGCUCCACUCAAUUUUUUCGAGCAAAGCCCUGAUAAUAAAGACAAGAUUGUCUGCAAAUUGACUGGAGUUGUAUUAAACAAGAAAGAAGAUGCCGUGUGGAAGCACAUGAUGGGCAAAAAGUUUGAGCAAAAAUUAGCUGAAAAAGAAGCAGAGAAGGAAAGAGCCCGAGGUGAUGUUGAAAUGAUGGAGAACAGCGAUAGAGAACAGUCCGAGAAGAAGAGCGCUCAAAGGAAGGGGAAAGCCUUUGACGAUGCUGAGAUGAUGGAAACCAGCACCAAAAAGCAGAUCUCGAAGAAGAUAGGGAAGAAUGAAGGAAGCAAGUCAGGUAAAAGCAAGCAUGAACAACAGUAUGAGCUGGGAUCGAAAUCUGUGCAUGAUGAAGAAGAGGAAGAAGCUGAAUCUUCUGAGAGUUCGGAGUUUUGGAUGCCUCCUCCCGGCGAUCGAUGGGAUUUCGACGAUGGAAGUGAGGACAGAUGGACACAGCCUGGUGAUCCUGAGGGAAGAGCUAAAACAGCUGAGGAUGAGGCGGACGACGACACGGAAAUGGCUGACGGACCAGGUGAGGACGGAGAUGACAAGAGUAGUAGUGAGGAUGAGGUCAAGAUUCGAACGAAACGAAUGGCCGGGGGUUUAAGUAAGCAAGCAAAACGGAGGAAGGCCAAACGCGUAAGAAAAGACGCAAGUACAUAGUACAUCUAGAGGAAGUGUAGUCUGAACGGUAUCACUAGUUAAGGACCGUACAACUAGAAGUUUGAUGCUUAUUAACCCCAUCCAAAGGAGCAAUGCCACUUCAUUGGAAUAGCUUGACCUUAUUGUCUCAGCUUCAGAAUAGAUGAGAGCCUUGAGAACUACCUGCAGGUAAUCAUCUGCGGUAGUACGCCAUUUUUUUGUAUUAUGUACUGUAUACAGUGGACAACAUAAUCAGGUUUAGCCUGCGCUGAAGGGCAAUAAGCCAUUCAAAUGUAUCCCUCUCCACCGUCAAUCGAAGAAGACCUAUCUGGAGGACUGAAAGUCGUCAAUGAAGGGUAUCAGGGGAAAGUACGAAGCGGAUCAGUGACGCAAUACUCAUGGUAUCAUUGAGCUCUGUGUCGAAAAUUCUAUUUCGACAUAUGAGGAUAGUGCAGUUAUCAGUCGGAAAGGGUUUGCAGAGAGGAUUUUUCUUGAUUUGGCCUGUCUGCACGCCAGGCAAUUUAAUAAUGAAUUUGCUCCAUUUCGUCGUCUUCUGGUAUGUAGUGCUCUACCUUCAAGGUGGCAGACAACAGCCAAGACGACGGCAGGACUGGGUGGAGAUUAUACAU